AUGCCUAAAAACAGCAAGGUGACGCAGCGGGAGCAAAGCCAUGAGCACGUCACGGAGUCCGUGGCCGACCUGCUCGCGCACGAGGAGCCGGUGGACUACAAGAACAGCUCCAUGAACGUCGGCGCCGUGGCCGGAAAGAAAGCGCCGCAGAUUGAAGUGCCGGAAAGUGACGGGCGCCCGGCCUGGAACAGUAAGCUGCAGUACAUCCUGGCCCAGGUGGGCUUCUCUGUGGGCCUGGGGAACGUGUGGCGUUUUCCCUACCUGUGCCAGAAGAAUGGGGGAGGCGCUUAUCUCGUCCCCUACUUCAUUCUCCUGCUUGUCAUCGGCAUCCCACUCUUCUUCCUGGAGCUGGCUGUGGGUCAGAAGAUUCGACGUGGGAGUAUUGGAGUGUGGAACUACGUCUGCCCACGUCUGGGAGGGAUCGGGAUGUCGAGUUUGAUGGUGUGUGGCUUUGUGGGGCUCUACUACAAUGUGAUCAUAGGCUGGAGCAUCUUCUACUUCUUCCAGUCCUUCCAGUAUCCUCUGCCAUGGAGUGACUGUCCUACCCGCAAGAACGGCACGCUUGCCAUCGUGGAACCAGAGUGCGAGAAGAGUUCGGCCACCACUUACUUCUGGUACCGGCAGACCCUGAACACGACCAGCACCAUCGCAGAGAGCGGCGGCCUCAACGUGAAAAUGACUUUAUCUCUUCUGGCUGCCUGGAUCAUCGUCUGCCUUGCCGUCAUUAAAGGGAUCGCCUCGUCUGGAAAAGUGAUGUACUUCAGCUCCCUCUUUCCCUACGUGGUUCUCUUCUGCUUCCUGGUGAGAGGGUUGAUGCUGAAGGGAUCUGUGGAUGGCAUUGCUCACAUGUUUACGCCAAAGCUGGAGAAGAUGCUGGAGCCCCAAGUGUGGAGAGAGGCGGCCACCCAGGUGUUCUUUGCCCUGGGUCUGGGCUUCGGGGGAGUCAUCGCAUUCUCCAGCUACAACAAGAUAGACAACAACUGCCACUUUGACGCUGUGCUCGUCUCCUUCAUCAACUUCCUCACGUCCAUCCUGGCCACGCUGGUGGUGUUCGCCGUACUGGGCUUCAAGGCCAACAUCAUGAACGAGAAGUGUGUCGUAGACAACGCUGAGAAGAUUGUGGGAUACCUCAACUCAAAUGUGCUGAGUCAUGAUCUGAUCCCCCCGCACGUGAACUUCUCUCACCUCACCACCUCCGACUACGCCGAGAUGUAUCAAGUCAUCAAGACGGUCAAAGAGGGCAGCUUCUCCCAGCUGGGUCUGGAUCCUUGCAUCCUGGAGGAUGAGCUCAACAAAGCCGUUCAGGGCACCGGUUUGGCUUUCAUCGCCUUCACAGAAGCCAUGACACACUUCCCCGCUUCACCGUUCUGGUCCGUCAUGUUCUUCUUCAUGCUCAUCAACCUCGGACUGGGCAGCAUGAUCGGUACCAUGACUGGCAUCACCACACCUGUCCUUGACACCUACAAGGUCCAAAAGGAGCUUUUCACAGUGUGUUGCUGCAUUGUGGCUUUCCUGUGCGGCCUCCUGUUUGUUCAGCGCUCAGGGAAUUACUUUGUCACCAUGUUCGACGACUAUUCCGCCGGCCUGCCCCUGACGGUGGUGGUCAUCCUGGAAAAUGUGUCGGUGGCUUGGAUUUAUGGCACUAAAAGAUUCAUGCAAGAUUUGGAGGACAUGUUGGGUUUCCGCCCUUAUGUGAUCUACUUCUACUUGUGGAAGUACGUCUCCCCGAUUUGUCUAAUCGUGCUCAUCUCGGCUUCUGUCGUAGAGAUGGCUAUCAGCCCACCUGGAUACAACGCGUGGGUGCAAGAACUGGCUCAGGAGCGGUUCCAGAGCUACCCCACAUGGGCAUUAGUCAUGUGCUUUGCGCUCAUAGUGGUGGCCAUGCUUCCUCUCCCCAUCGUCUUCAUCGCCCGUCACUUCAACCUGAUGUCAGACGGCUCCAACAAGCUGUCUGUCUCCUACCGUAAGAGCAUGAUGAAGGACAUCUCCAACCUAGAAGAGCAAGACGAGUCCAGGUUCAUCCUCCGCGCCAAACCCGGCGAUGUGGCAGCGUCACUGGCGGCACGCAAAGCCUACCUGGCUCCUAGUGGAAACAAAGCCCUGGACCCCAACUCCUUGUCUCCGAAAAGCUGCUAUGGUACAGGCUAUCAGAAUGCCGCCAUCAGCCCUACCACACCAACCACUCCCACAACACCCGAGUCUGACUUUUAAUUCUACCAUCUAGUUUACCGUCACGAAGGGGCCAAGAAUCCCCACACUGCCCCCCCCCCAAUAAAAAAAACAUAUUUACAAAGCUGCAAAUCACUGAAUUCAUGCACUAAAGAUUUAAUUUCAUUUGGCUUAGCACAGGGAACCUCAGUUUACUGACCAACCACUUAAUACUAUUGAAAUGAAGAGCACCCAAAAACGGGCAGUGUCGACUUUAUGUUGUCAA